AUGUAUAUCGAGGACUGGGUCAUCGUCCACAGAAGGUAUCAGUACCUGAGUGCAGCAUACAGCCCCGUCACCACGGAGACACAGCGAGAGCGACAGAAGGGCCUCCCCCGCCAGGUCUUUGAGCAGGAUGCUUCUGGAGACGAGAGGUCCGGCCCUGAGGACUCGGUCCCACUGACUGAAGUUGUCGAGCCCCUGGACUUUGAGGAUGUACUUCUGAGCCGGCCACCAGACGCUGAGCCCGGGCCCCUCAGGGACCUGGUCGAAUUCCCAGCUGACGACUUGGAGCUGCUGCUGCAGCCCCGGGAAUGCCGGACCACAGAGCCCGGGAUCCCCAAGGAUGAAAAACUGGAUGCUCAGGUGAGGGCCGCAGUGGAGAUGUAUAUCGAGGACUGGGUCAUCGUCCACAGAAGGUAUCAGUACCUGAGUGCAGCAUACAGCCCCGUCACCACGGAGACACAGCGAGAGCGACAGAAGGGCCUCCCCCGCCAGGUCUUUGAGCAGGAUGCUUCUGGAGACGAGAGGUCCGGCCCUGAGGACUCGAAUGACUCCCGGCGCGGCUCAGGCUCCCCGGAAGACACCCCUCGAAGCAGUGGUGCCUCUAGCAUCUUCGACCUGAGGAACCUGGCAGCUGACUCAUUGCUGCCCUCGCUGCUAGAGCGGGCGGCCCCAGAAGAUGUGGACCGGCGCAAUGAAAGCCUUCGACGGCAGCACCGGCCCCCGGCCCUGCUUACCCUCUACCCGGCGCCUGACGAGGACGAAGCCGUGGAACGCUGUAGCCGCCCAGAGCCACCCCGCGAGCACUUUGGACAGAGGAUCUUGGUCAAGUGUCUGUCGCUCAAGUUUGAGAUUGAAAUUGAGCCCAUCUUUGGGAUCUUGGCUCUGUAUGACGUGCGGGAGAAAAAGAAGAUCUCGGAGAACUUCUACUUCGACCUGAACUCGGACUCCAUAAAGGGGCUGCUUCGGGCUCAUGGCACCCACCCUGCCAUCUCCACCUUGGCCCGCUCUGCCAUCUUCUCCGUGACCUACCCCUCACCUGACAUCUUCCUGGCAGGGCCCAGCCAGGCGCUCCUCAGCUGGACUUCUAGCCGCCGCACGCUGUCCUGUAGCACCUUCUGUGCCUGGGCCACCUCCUCCAGCACCUCGGCUGCGGCCUCUGCCUUCAGCUGCAGAAUAUCCUCCUCCAUCUGCUUAAUAAACAGGGGGUCACUAGUAGGAUGA